ACGAUUACUUUCCUGUCAGUCGAGGAGUGUGAUGUGUGUCCCGGCCGGCAGUGCACAAGCGCACAGUUUGAACCCAUUUUAACUUUCUCUCCGGGAAAGCCCUCGGGAUUACGCGCAGCCAGGACUUUCCACACGAAGAUAAGAAUGUCUGUGUGCCUGUCACAAAGCUGAGAGAUGUGAAGGGAUUCCGAGAGAAGUAGAGUAGAAGACGCGCUCUCUGGUGUGGAGUUUUAUUAGCUCUUUUUGGUGCUCAUUGCUUGCACAUGGACACGGGGCGCCUGGAUGUUGAUGGACACCUGCUGGAAUGGAACCCGUAACCUUUUAGCCCAAUACAUGAAUCUGCCACUAAAACAGCCUGUAUCACAUUUACAGUAUGGAUUACGGUACGUUUCACAAAUCAAUUAACCAACUUUUCUCGAGGAAUGGAUUUAAUUCGGUGGAAACUGAUUCCUUUAUGACUUUCAUCUUUACGCGUUUUGCAUACACACAUCUGGCUGUUUAGUGUUAUUUGUGACACAUUUCUAUUAAGAUUGUUACAUUCUCCGUACAUUUAAAGAGUUGUAGCCUGAAAUCUCGUCGGCUCUCAUGGGACUGAGGCACUCGUCGCGGUGUUUGCUGCUGCGGCGGAAGAUGGCGGAGGCGGACAGCUCGGAGAGGCAACAGCCAGUCGCGUCCCCCCACUCUCAAUCUGCCCAGCCCUCCCCACUGCCUAAACCAGUGUCUACUGCCCACCAUGUGCCCUGCGGCCCCCCCGCGCCUCAUGUAGCAGCCCUGGCUACUUGUCCUGGUCGAGGCAAGAUUGCCAAGUUCCUGAGCCCGGAGGAAAUGACAUCACGGGACUACUACUUCGACUCCUAUGCCCACUUUGGCAUCCAUGAGGAGAUGCUGAAGGACGAGGUGCGGACACUGACCUACAGGAACGCCAUGUACCACAACAAGCAUGUGUUCAAAGAUAAAAUUGUCCUGGAUGUGGGUAGCGGAACGGGGAUCCUCUGCAUGUUUGCCGCUAACGCCGGCGCCAAACACGUCUACGGGAUUGAAUGCUCAAGCAUAUCAGAAUAUUCAGAGAAGAUCAUAAAGUCCAAUCACCUACACAAUGUCAUUACCAUCUUCAAGGGAAAGGUGGAGGAGGUGGAGCUGCCGGUGGAGAAGGUGGACAUCAUCAUCUCCGAGUGGAUGGGCUACUGUCUCUUCUAUGAGUCCAUGCUCAACACAGUCAUCUUCGCCAGGGACAAGUGGCUGAAACCCGGAGGUCUGAUGUUUCCCGACAGGGCGACUCUCUACGUGGUGGCCAUCGAAGACCGGCAGUACAAGGACUUCAAGAUUCAUUGGUGGGAAAACGUGUACGGGUUCGACAUGAGCUGCAUUCGCAACGUGGCCAUCAAAGAGCCUCUGGUGGAUAUGGUAGAUUCCAAGCAGGUGGUGACUAACGCCUGCCUCCUGAAGGGUCUUGAGUGCGUCACUGCCGCCGGCAUCGCCACGCUCCCUUUCGGCCGUUGUCGGAGGGGAAGCGGCGUCCUACCAACGUGGCAGGAACCACCUGCGCCCACGGGCUCCUUCAAUUACAGGCCUGUGUCUAACGUGGAACCUCUUUCUGGAAGCAACAGCAGCAAGGUCCACAAUCACCGUAGCACUCAGCCGCCCAUUGGGGCCGUGCCCGCCUUGCGCAAGCCGAAACCGGCUGCUGCACCGUCUCCUCCCUCGGUUCCCGACAACUCACCGCCCGCUACGGUCCGCAAGGAACCCAGAAGGAGCCCGAGUUGCCCCAAAAGGACGUUCUACGCCGCCUCCAAAGCAAAGGCCAAGGCUGAAAGAGUGGUGCCGCGUGGCCCCAGAGUCCAUAUUAAGAGUCAUUAUAACUACAGCCGCCAUUUAGGGGCGCCUGCCCCGCCUUGGCGGCAAGCCAACCCGUGCUGCACGUCUCUCCGGGUUCCCGACAACCUCGCCCGCCUGCUACGGGUCGCAAGGACCACGCUUGAGGUGGAGCCGAUGACAAUCGAAUCCUUCCAAGUGGCAGCCGGGACCAGCUCUGACCUCCGGGGAGCCACCACUCCACCACGAGGUGGGGUGGGGCUUCUCCCUAUCUUUUCCAGCGACAAUGUUGAGGGUCGACUUGCCGACGAGGUGGCUACGUGUUUGUGUUAUUCGGCAUUAGGCAUGCACGGCUUACCCGGGGCGGCAAUCGGCAACAAUCGGCACCCCGGCACGGGCGGAGCUCACACAGAGAGAGAGCCGCGCCUGGUGUGA